ACAGGGAAUGCCCUUGUCCAGGCUGUGACGGAACCGGGCACAUAACCGGUUUGUACACACACCACAGGAGUAUUUCUGGCUGUCCCAGGAGAAGUGAGCUUCCCAUUGAUGUCAUUGAAUCUUUACUGAGGCAGGAUCACAGCCUGAGGUGCCCAACACCAGGUUGCAAUGGAAGAGGUCACAUCAACAACAACCGAAGUACACACAGAAGUUUGUCAGGCUGUCCGUUAGCAGCGAUGAGCAGACUGAUGUCACAGACAGCAACAGGAGGCAAAUCUGCCAUGCACGUGGUGGUGCUGCCCAAGAGUGAUGACCCCACAAAAGCCAUGAUUGCCACUUGUUCCGAGAAGGAUCUUAUCAAACUGGCAGCCAAGGAAAUAACGCCUG